UUCAAAACAAAGAGGGGGGACGGGAGGCGUGCGCGGCGCGGGCCGGGCCUCCGAGGACUUUCCUGGCCUCCGAGGGCUGCAGAUCCGUCGGGCGAAGAUGGAGGGGAGCCUCGGAGGCGGCCUUCUCUCGGGGUCCGACGGCCCCCAGGCCCUCGGGGAGACCACGCAGGCCUGGGAGGAGCUGCUGCACCGCCUGCAGGAGACCCUGGACCUGCUGUCCCCGCAGGAGCUGCGCACCUUCCGCUCCCUCCUCGCCAAGCUGGACGAGGAGCCGCGCGUGACGCCGCUCAAGCUGGAGCUGGAGGGCGGCAGCAUCGCGGGGCUGGCGCGGCUCCUCGCCAAGCACUACCCCCCGGACACCGCGGCGCGCGUCCUGGUCAGGGUCCUGCAGCAGCUGCCCCGCACCGACCUGCUGCCGCGCUGGCAGGGCUUCCUCGCCUACGGCCCGGUGAUCCCAAGAAAAGCUCUGAAGAGGAGUUAUAACUGUGUGGACGGGGACUCGGAGGACUGCUACGACCUGAGAGGCAGGCGGAACGCUUUCCUCAUGUGCGUGAAGAAGAACAGGCCCGGGGCCCACCGGGACGUCCAUCUCAUGAAGCAGUGGCUUGACCACUGCCAGUUCGAAUAUAGGUCAUGCAUCGACCCCGACAAAAAGGAGUUACUUGAACAACUAACAUCAUUUCGUGAUGGCUUAAAUGAAAUUAAAGAUGAAAUUAGCUGUUGCCUUGUCACGCUUAUGUCCCAUGGAGAAAAAGGCUAUCUGAAAAUAAAAGAUGAUGAAAGAGUCAGCCUGGAAGAGAUUUUUGAAAUGUUCAAUAAUAAAAAUUGUCCAGCACUUCAGGAGAAACCAAAGAUCUUUAUAAUCCAGGCCUGCAGAGGAGAGAGAAGAGAUAGUGGUGUUGAAACAGAUGAUGAGCCCAUGGAAUUGGAUGACAUACCCGAGAGGAAGAGGCUGCCCACGUUCAGUGAUUAUUUCAUCAUCUAUCCUACCCAGGCAGAUCACGUUGCUUUACGGCACCCCCGCACUGGCUCUGUGAUGAUUGAGGCAAUGACUGAAAUCUUCGAAAAGUAUGGGAAUAAGUGGCACAUCGCCGACUUUUUCACCAAAGUGAAUAACAAGGUGGUGCACACGGAGUUUUUUCUGCGCGAUGAACCAAUAAAAGUAUCGCUUGUCAUGGAAUCAACUCUAACUAGAUUCGUGUACUUUUGACAUCAGGAUGGUUUAAAAAAUAAGCACUUCUUUAUAACAGACUUUGUAAAGAACUGUGAGGCUUUGUAUAAUAGCAUAGGACAAAUGAGUCUCAUUUUGUAUUAUUUUUGUCACUGGUUGUAUUUCUCUAAUUUGUUUUGUAUCCAUAUGUUGUUUUCUAAGAUUUAACUACAUGUAUUUGGAAUUUGUAAAUAGACUUUUUUUUACUGAAUUUUUUAUUUCCUGAACUGUGAUGAAGACAUGGAAGUCCAGUCCCAUGUGUGUGCUGUUUUAUCAUGUCCUUCUCUUGCUGAUCACCCCCAUCCUCUCCACUGUAUGUUUGGUGCCGGAGUUAAGCCUCAUCUUCUUGGCUUAGUAAUCCGGAACUGCCUUUAUGUGGACUUCCCCUGGUUCACUUGUUUCCCCAUAUUGUCUGCAGCCAGGCUGACCUCCUUGUUGACUUCCUAAGCCAUCCCCGAGUCUGACCUUGGGUAUCUCUACUUGUCCUCUGUAUCUUUGAUGCCUUCAUGUUUUCAUCCCCCACCCACUCUCCAGCCUCCUCCUCGUUGCCUCAGCACCUUUGAAUGAACUGCUACUUUCUGCCUGGCACACUCUGUUCCACCCAUAGGUAAGUCCCUUCUGUCCUUCCAAGUUUAGUUCAAGCAUCCUUGCCUCGGAUCAAAAAGGGAGAGAGAACUAGCAGCCCCUCACGCUAGGUCAGCUCUUCAGCACUCGGAGACCCUCUGCUUUUCUUCUGUAGCAUUUAACACUACUGUACUCACCGACGGUGUCGUGGCUGCUAGUCUCUCUCUCUCUCUCUCUCUUCAGUUGUAAGCUCCAAGAGGCAGAGGCCACGUGUCUUACUCGUAACUGUAUUCCAGCUUCCAUCUGUGCCUUAAGACAGAGAGAAGCCCCAUGAGAAAUGUUUAGCAAAGGACUCAUCCAUCUUUCCAUGAUUUUAUCCAUUCCUCAGACCUCGCCUCAUUACCUCCGUGCCUGUCUAGCCACAUGCUAGUCAUCCCCACCUGUGUGUCCCAUGGCCACUUU